AUGACACUGCUGCUUUAUAUCUAUCAUUCUUAUUCAUUUACCUAUCCAUCAAAGAUACCUUUCAACGAUUUCCGAUUGCUAGUAGAAGGAGGAGGCUCAGAUCAGAAAGAAUCGCUUCGUCAGUCUCUAAGUCGAACUGAAGCGGUUCAGAACGAGGCGUAUAUCGAAGGGAACGGUGUUGCAGCAGCAGGGACCAUUUGGAUGAAUGACACUGGUAUUUCGGUGUGCUCCACGAAUAAUGCCACCGCUAGCAAUUUGCCAGCUGGUAUGCUGAAACGGCCAUCUGACUUGUUAAUAGAUGCUACUACGUUUGAGAAACGGAUCAAGUUGGAGGCGAACCUUCCUGAUGAUCAUAAGAGCAGUAUGAUAGGAAUAGCAUCGAAAACGGAUUCUAUGACGAAAAUGAGUGCAUCACCACCACGUAGCGGGGCAGUGGGAACAACACGUGCGAAUGCCAUUGUCUCAAACAUUGACUUGUCUAUUGCAACGGGUAAUCAUGGACAAAACUCGUGCAACGGGCAGUUGCCUCGUGCAGCUGAUAUGCGAGACCCCGCAUCUGUUGAAACAACACAUCCAGUGGAUCCAGGACAUGAUGUGCCGUCAACAUCAGUGGUUGCAGGUCAUCAUCAUCCGCAACAGUUAGCAGGUGUUACAGCUGCACCAUCAGUUAAUAACAUGCAAGCGCUUUCAUCAGUUAAUUCUUUGACUUCUGAACCACCAGGGAUAUCUGUUGGUGUACUAACUUCAACAGGUCGAAGUGAGCAGCCCACUAGUGUUACCACUGGUAGUAGUAGUAGUUCGGUAGUGACAGGUGCUACAGUCCUAGCAGCGUCGACAGUUCCAGCAUCUCCAGCUGGUGCACCUAUGCUUGAUCCAUUUAGGCAGGCGUUUUUUGGAGGCAACAGUCUUGCGGCAUUAAAUGCUGCGGCAGCCGUUGCAGGAUCAGCGGGUUCCACUGUUGGGGCUGCUGACUUUAGCAAUUUAUUUUUCCAUACUGCACCUCCGAAUGCUGCAGCUGCAUUUCCGUUUCUUGCUGCACAAAUUCUGCAACAGCAACACCAACAUCAACAGGCGCAACAAUCUAUGUCAAUUGGCCAAGGAUCAGCACCUCCGACAACCGUUCCGACCGGAGCGCAACCUUCGACUUCUACAGCACCUUCAGUAGGUUGUAUACAGUUUCCUUCAGGUGCUGCACUUGCUCCUCAGUUGGCAAAUGCUGCCUUGCUUGGACGUGCUCUGCCUACUGCUGCUGCUACUCAACCCUUAUCUGUAAAAACAAAGCAAGGGCGAUGGUGUGGGAUGCAUAUAAAAAUAGCGUACGACAUACUGUCCAAAAAAGAACGUCGUUCAACUCCUCAACCAUCGGUUGCAUCUCAAAGUGCAUCUUUACCUGCUCCUCCCCAGAAUUCUUGCAACCUAAACACCAUGAGAAAUGCAGGUGUCACUGCACCUUUCUGCCCACCUUCAACUUCUAAUGCCAGCAUGACAAGCCUAGGCAGUGGACUACCAUCAUCUUUUCCCGUAUUAGCUCAAACUGGCGCUUUGCCCUCACCCUUUUCGUUGCCAUUCCAACAAUUCGCGGAUACCAGCAAAUUAGUUCGUCGAAGUGGGACUCCAAAACAAUCUCAAAACCGUUCAGCAACGACUAUCACUCGUAGCCCGUCAUCUGCUUCUGGAUUGCAUCUGCAACUGAGUGGUACUGGUAAUACUGCCAGCGGACUAAUCGCACCUUCACUAGCUGCCGGAGCAGGAAGUACUAUGCCUCUUCAAGGAUCUCUCCCCAACCCUCUGUCAGGUGUUCUUGGCUCGUCCUUACCUUUAACACCAAAUUUACCAUCCGCCUCGGCUUCUCUCACGAAUGGUACUAGUGAAGCUGCUGCUCAAGCAGCAAUGUUUGCUGCUUUGCAGAAUGUCCAGCAAAAUGCAGUUGCAGCUUUCCCAAAUGGUUCUUUGUCAGCUACACCUUAUUUGCUAUCGUCUGCUGCUGCACCGCAGCCACAUCCUCUUUCAGCUAUCACGUCGCAGGCACAAAACAUUUACCAGUCUCAACGUCUGUUUGACCCCAGUAUGACUGCUGCUAUGUUUCAACAAAUGCAAUCAAUGGAGGCUUUACGGCAAUCAGCUGCAUCAGCGCAAAUGAAUUCUAAUCCCGCUGGAGCAGGAUCGCACGUUCCGGUAAGUGGUGCGCCCCAAGGGGCGCCUCCUCAAUCGCAACCUCCUCCUUCGUCCAUUGAUUUAGUCCGCAUGCAAAUGGAACAGCAAAUGAUGGAUCGAUAUAUGAUUGCAUUAAGCAGUGCAUCCGGCAUAGGUAGUAAUAAUACUAUGACAGCUUCAUCGAAUUUUGAGCUCAUGCGACAGCAGCUCUUUGCGGCACACAUGCGUCAACAAUCGCAACAAACCUCUCUGGAAGCACUGCUGGAAAUGCAGCGUCAGCAGCAACAACAGCUGUUUAAUGUCUCUCGCGGUCUUCCUUCGUCAUACACAUUGGCUGGGGGUGCACCGCCGGGAAGUAUUCCUGGCUCUGCCGCUGCUGCUGCUGCUGCUGCGGCCGGAUUACCACAAGGUCUCGGCGCUGCAGCUGGCCUCUUCAACUCUAACUUAAUGGCACUGGGCAACGCGGCUAAUCUUCAGCAGGCUCUUUAUAAUGGUAAAAAUCCAUACUCGAAUACGUUGGAGCAGCUGGCUCGGCAAAAACGCGAAGAUGAUAUUAUUCAAUCGGGAAGGUAG